CUUGUGUAAACGUAAUUACUGAAAUCAAACGUUACCUUUUCUUAAUGGGAAACAACACUAUAGAAAUUUCAAGAUGAUAUAUGUAACGUUAUUAAAUAAAUAAUUGUAAAGUAAGAAAAAUUGAAUUUAUACCAUAAAAUACAUUAUACAUAUCAUAAAGAAACUUUUUAAUUAAUACAAUGGAGAGCUAUUCGUACAAAGAAGUUAUCGAGGAAGCAGACCACAAAAACAAUGAAGUAAAUAAGAUAAAUCGUACUUUUCUACUACGUCAGAUAAUGGUUUGCAGUGCAAUUUGGUCCAGUUAUUUCUCGCUAGGCCUUUGUUUCGGAUCUCCUACAGUUAUAAUUCCGCAAAUCCGACGAGAGCAUAAUUCGACGGACGCAAUAAGUCAAGAAAUAGCUUCAUGGUUAUCUUCAGGAAUUGCGUACAGCGGAACAAUACAAGUGAUUAUAUUUUCCGUUCUACCUAAAUUUAUGGGACGUAAAGCAUGCUUCCUACUUACUUCAAUAAUAGCUAUGAUAGGUUUCGUGGUUUUAUAUUUUGCCAAGACUGCUACACAUCUUAUAAUUUUUGAAUCCAUCGAAGGAGUUCUAUUUGCCUGUCAAAUUACAAUAUGCAUAAUGAUCAUCACUGAAUACUCAUCGCCGAGAUAUCGAGGUAUUUUUUUAACGAUGAAAUCAGCAUCAUUUAUGUGGGGAGUAUGGGUAUCCAAUGCUAUAGGAACUUAUUUCCACUGGAGCAACAUUGCUGUGGUAGGAUGUGUUGUGACAGCCUACAUCAUAAUUACAACUUUGAAUUGGCCCGAGUCACCAUAUUGGCUCGCGACUAGAGGUCGGCUGAAUGAAUGCAGAGUUUCACAUCAUUGGCUCAAAGGGAACAGUGACGAAUCUAAGAAGGAACUAGCAAAUCUUAUCGAACGACAAACAGAUUUAUCGCGAGACGAAGAAAGUGAUUCACAAAGCUUAAGAAAAUUUUUUGCAGUUAUACGAAGAAAGACAUUUUACAAACCAAUUUUAUUGUCCAUGUUAAUUUUAACACUGUAUAAUUCAUUGGGUAAAAUGGCUUGCACAGUUUAUGCUAUAGAUAUAAUUCAAAGACUCACAGGCAGUGAAUCCAGGGCUUACACAAUAAUGUUAGUGCUUGACGGAGUCACUAUUAUUGGUGUGUAUAUGGGAUGUGCUAUUUCCAGAUAUGCUCGAAGGAGAUCCUUCCUAAUUGUCACUUCAGGUUUUGGUAUAAUAUUUUUAUAUUUAAUAUCGAUGUUUUUAUACUUAGUGUCAAGUGGCCUUCUUGAUAAUUAUGUUCUUGUGUGUCUGUUCUUAUUGUUAUGUUACACAGUGACAGUCAGCAGUGGCCCCAUGAUAAUGAGCACAUCUCUCGUCAGUGAACUGAUGCCGCUCUCAAAUAGAAAUAUGUUUGCUUUUCUGAUCGGUACAUUUUCUAAUUUCAUUUUUGCAUCGUUUAUAAAAAUAGCUCCGUUUCUCUUUACAAAGUAUGGUUAUUCAGCAACAUUCUUCAUUUACGCUUCUAUAGCUUUAGGCUGUUUUAUUCUUAUAUUCAUUCAUUUGCCAGAAACGAAAGACAAGACACUUCUGGAGAUUGAAAAGUUGCAUACAGAUAAUAAUCCGAAGAAAAAUAAAAUUAAAAAGCAAAGUGAAGUACCGAAGGAAUGAUUUUGAUGUUAAUAUAAAAUCAAUUGAAGGUCUAAAUUUUGACCAAAAUAUAA